AUGGAGAGUGAACAAUGGUUAGACGUACCUCUUACACCAAAUAAUACUGUAAAUGAACUAAUUAUUGUUGUUUCUGAUGAACUUAGAAAAAAAGGAAUAACUCUUACCAAUGUCGUCUGUGAAAAUAACCAUUUCACAAUUAAACAAUUAAUGGAGUCUGGUAGAUUAGUUUGUCUUGAAGAAACAAUAAAAAAUGAAAGUAGACCAGAAACACCUUCUUCUUGCCAAACUGAUAAUACAAAAGAAAUCAAUGAACAAACUUCUCCGAUUGGAAGUUGCCAUUGUUGUAAAACAAGAAAAGAAAUUUAUUUCAUUUGUGAAAAAAAUAAAUACCAUAGAAUAUGUGAACGUUGUAUGAGAAAAUUCUCUGGUGUUACUGUUUGUCCUAUUUGCAACAAUAUUUGUACUUGUGCUAGUUGCAAAAGAAACUCAAAAAAAGGAGGAGACUGUUAA